AUGAGCUGUUGCAUCUGUCGCAUUAUAUGGGAUGAAUUGACAGAGAAAUACCAAGGCGCAAAGCUAGCGAAAGUAUUGCAAAAGAAUCUACGAACACCCUCUGACGUUGAUCGCCUGCUCGAACUCCAUCAUCGUGCACACACGGAUCCAGAGCGCCAGGUACAGUUUGUGCGGGCUUUCUUGUCCGAGGUCCAGGGAGGGCAAGAUAACGAUCUCUACCGGCUCGACUUUCGACUUGUAGACUCCGACUCGAAGAGACUGGCGACAUUUCUUUUAGAGAAAUCCAAAAACGAGCCUGACUCGGAAAUCUACACGCCCUUGACCGACAGUACAGGCUCGGAAGAGGUACUGCAACUGGCUCGAUUUUGGUUGAACAGAUGUCUCGGGCCUGAUCAUCCAGAAUGCCCCAACCAGACCUUCGAUGACAGAGUACGCUUUUAUCCAACACGGUUGGUCGAGCUACCUGCCUAUGACGAUCAUGAGAAACCGUUUGAUUUCUUAUCGAAGAAAAGUCAUGGCAACGCAAGAAAAGACAAACCGAAAGAAGAAUCGGUGCGCUUGGUAAUCACAAAAGAACGCAGAAUUCGUCCAUUCCAGGCUGGUGGUGAUCGAGGGCGAAGUUCACGGAGCAACAGUGUGUCAAACAUAUUCUCUCCGAUAGAGGGACAAUCAGGAGAACUACCGGACAGCUCCGCAAACCGAAAGCCAGCGAUCAAGUUCGAUGAUGAUGCGGAACGACCGCGCGGACAUUAUGUGACAUUAAGUCAUUGUUGGGGCAAGGCCAGAUUUACGAAGCUUACGAAGGAGAAUCUGGAGGACUUCAAGAAGGGUAUUCCGUUAAGCUCACUCCCCUCAACUUUUCGCCAGGCGAUUCACUUCGCCCGCCGUCUAAGUCCCUCGAUCCGCUACAUUUGGAUAGACUCUCUUUGUAUCAUUCAAGACGACGUAGAUGAUUGGAAUUACGAGUCGGUGCAGAUGUACAGCGUUUACCGAAAUUCCUACUGCAACUUGUCAGCGACUGCCGCAUCCGACAGCACACAUGGUUUGCAUUUCAGUCGCGAUCCACAUCACCUAUGGGAAGACGAGAUCAACUUAAACACUGAAGGCAUCCCGCGACCAUUGGAUGCGAGAGUUCCGAAACGUCAUCUCGGUCUUGAGCCACUUAUCCGACGAUGCAAAAUCCAGGAUGCAUCCUUUUGGGAUCGGCAAGUAGAUGAUGCUCCCGUGAACCGGCGCGCAUGGGUUCUUCAAGAGCGGUUGCUGGCUCCAAGGGUGCUACAUUUUUGCAAAGACCAAAUCGCCUGGGAAUGUCCAUAUAUCGACGCAGCUGAAAGCCACCCUUACGGAGUGUCCCGCAUGGAACUCAGAGCCGGUACUGUUGGAGAGCGGACACGAUUGAAGGCCCUGAUUCCCGGUGAAUACGGCCCCAGAUCGCUAGCCAUCGAUCGUACAGAGAAUGCAUACGCCGCGCACGAAGACUGGAAAAGCAUAGUUGAACGAUACUCCAGGACCAGUUUGACAAAACCGAAAGACAAACUCAUUGCUCUCGCCGGUAUUGCUGAGCUCACUUCCAAGCGCAUCGGCGAUAGACUAAUAUACGUGGCGGGUAUGUGGGAGAAAUACCUGGCUAGCCAAUUGCUAUGGCAUGUCGAGCCCAAGUAUGAGGAUGAAAGAUUCAAGUAUCCUCAGAGACGCCCCGAUGCUGAGGAUCAUGAUCAUUGGCGUGCGCCUACCUUUUCUUGGGCAGCUGUGGACGCACCGCAAGGCGUCAAGUGCGCAGAGACCGUGCGAGAGGACGACCUACAAAUCUCCGUGCAGAACAUUCACGUGCGACCUGCGCUGAACGAAGAGUUCAAGUUCGGUGCCAUAGCCUCCGAUUGCUAUAUCGACCUCAAAUGCUCUUUGCUAGAAGUAGAGAUCGAUAAAGUUCUGGGACCACCUGAUGAAGUGAUCUUAGACGAUGGUGUACAGAGGAAGGUGCGGUAUAACUGGAAGGUGCGCGGUCACGAUGAGAGACCCAUCAUCUCUAACCUCUAUCUGGAUAGUCCACACGAUGACUUCGAGAAGAUACAAAGCAAUGGCGGCACUUUCUGCAUUCCAGCACAUAAGAAAACGAGCGGCCAGUUGAUCUGUCUGUUAGUUCAGCUGUACGAGGGAGGUACUCCAGCUCGGUAUCGCCGCAUAGGCGUCGCUGAUGUCCCCGCUUUUUGGACGGGAAAAACCUUCCUCACAGUUACUCCUGCCGCGGAAACGAUUGUACGGCUGGUGUAG